UUUCCGAAAAUUCCCAUGAGCAGGCUAUAUGAUGUGGAGUCAGCUGGCGGGUGUUUCUAACCUGUAUGCUUCAACAAGGCACGCGCUCACUGUAGUAGCAUCUGGCGAGCGAAAGUAGCCUUCACACGCCGCACCCACGCACGGGCGUCUGCAGGCUACUCUACGUUUGGGCAAGGAGCGACACAGACGGCAUGCAUUGGCAGGCGUAGGCUAAGCUGGAGGUCCGAAACUCCGCAGAGCUGGCGGGCACAGUGACUGGGAGGUCAGCUUGCGAUUGUCCUCCAACAAUUGCUUCUACCACAGCCACCGACGGAAACGGCAUGGUGGCCACGGAUUACCCGCUUUACUUCGUUCUGAACAGAGCCAACUGCUCUUUAGAAGUGCAAACCUUGAGAAGCAGCCCAGCCAAAGAAGUUGAGGAGCCCAGCAACAAGCGCAUAAAGCCACUCUCACGCGUCACCUCAUUGGCCAGUCUCAUCCCUCCAGUCAAAGCUGCUCCCCUCAAACGCAUUGGACAGACUUUACAGCGCUCCAUCAGUUUCCGCAGUGAGAGUAGGCCGGAGAUUGUGCCCCCCCGACCAUGGAGUCGGCAAGCCCCCCCAGCAGUCACCAAAAGGCGCGACAGCAAGCUGUGGAGCGAAACCUUCGACGUUCGUCUGGAUCAGAUGCUCUCGUCCAGAGAGAUCAAGCGCCAAGAGGCCAUCUUUGAGCUGUCUCAGGGGGAACAAGACCUGAUUGAGGAUCUUAAACUGGCCAAGAAGGCGUACCAUGACCCCAUGCUAAAGCUGUCCAUCAUGACAGAGCAUGAGCUGAACCAGAUCUUUGGUACACUGGACUCUCUCAUUCCUCUCCACGAAGAUCUGCUCAGUCGCUUGAGAGAAGCCCGCAAGCCUGAUGGAUCUACAGAGCAUGUGGGACACAUCCUUGUUGACUGGCUGCCAUGUCUAGACUCCUACAACAGCUACUGCAGUAACCAGGUGGCUGCUAAAGCACUGCUGGACCAUAAGAAACAGGACCACCGUGUGCACGACUUCCUGCAGCGCUGUUUACAAUCUCCCUUUAGCCGCAAACUGGACCUGUGGAACUUUCUGGACAUCCCACGCAGUCGUCUUGUCAAAUAUCCCCUCCUGCUGAAGGAGAUCCUCAAACACACUCCCAAUGACCACCCUGACCGUCAGCACCUGGAGGAGGCAAUGAACAUGAUCCAAAACAUUGUAGCAGAGAUCAAUGUCCAGACAGGGGAGUCAGAGUGCCGCUAUUACAAAGAGCGUCUCUUGUACCUGGAGGACAGUCAGAGAGACCAGCUGAUUGACCGCUCCCGCGUCCUCACCUGCCAUGGUGACCUGAAGAACAACAGAGGAGUUAAACUGCAUGUGUUCCUGUUCCAAGAGGUGUUAGUGAUCACACGUGCCAUCACCCAGAGUGAGCAGCUGUGCUACCAGCUCUACCGACAGCCCAUCCCUGUGCAUGUGCUGGAGUAUGAGGACCUGCAGGAUGGAGAGAUCCGCCUGGGUGGCUCCAUCAGAGGGGCCUUCAGUAAUAACGAUAGGUCAAAGAACUUCUUCCGCUGUGGGGGCCAGCUGCAGUCCCACUGCUUCCAGGCCAGUGAUGCCUUUAACAAGCAGCAGUGGCUCAACUGCAUCCGGCAGGCCAAAAGUGCAGCUUCCAUGGCUGCUGGAGACUCAAAGCCCUUUUCCCAGCUGUCAAGUGCCCCUUUGAGCUCCUCGGAGCCUGCGUCAUCACCCCCCCACCCAGAGCCAAUGGAGGGCCUGGAGCAGAAUGACACUGAGCACUCACAUUGUAGCAUGGACAUCAGCGCGGGCUUGUGCGCCCCCAAAGAACACACGGAGUCGGCAGGGGAUUCUGAAGUGUGAUCAGCAGUUAGCUGACUAUACAGACUGUGAUAGGAUAGGAUGUGAAGGUGGGAGUAAAGCCUCGCCAUUUGCCAUCCUCCUUCAUUCCAAAGUGAUCCAUUGAUAUGUACAUGUUCAUUAUUGCUGCAAAAGAGUCCCUUGUCUUUGGUGCGAUAUAGUCAUGGUUAGGUGGCACUUCUGUUUCUUUCUUGUCUUUGUUUUCAUUCUCAGUUUUGUCAUCCCUGUUUGUAUGAGCUGGUUAUUGCAUAUGUCUGUCUGUCUGUCUGUCUGUCUCUCUGUCUGUCUGUCUCCAUCUCCCAUGUUGUCCCUAUGGUGUUUGUAGGAGAGGGGCGUUAUGGCUGUGGUAGUUGCACAUGUGUCUUUGUAGAGGAAAUGGAAGAUCAUUGUUGUAUUAGGAGCUUGUGACACCAUUGUGUCUUCACUGUCCUUCUAGGAGAAAUAUGAUAUUUUAAUAUUGUUGUAAAAUAGUAUGUGCACAAUGAAAUCAACUAUUGCAGAGCAUAGACUUCAGCUGAAGUCAUAUAGUAUUUUUUGACAAAACAAUGUUAUUUUAAGUCACUGGACCCAACUUGAGGCAGACCAAACAGUAAAGAUGCUUGAAAUUACUAAAAAUACAGUUAAUCAACUGUUAGUGCAGAUAGUUGGCUGAAGGCCAAUUCCUGUUCUCUCUCAGGUGGAUUCUUGCCGUUUCUAUGUUCAGAAAAUAAUCAGUGUGCAAUUUGUCUUUAUUUGUAUCAAGACAUUGGGGACACACCCCAAAACAAUGCCCAAGGUUAAGGAAGGAAGUUGCUUGAUGUACACAUGUUCUUUUUCAUGCGUUUACCAUAGAAUGGUGUAAGGUAUAGGCUAUUAUUCCAGAGCUAAUGUUCCCUCACGGCCUUCAUGGUUAAAUCUUUGGCUCCGGGAAUGUCCGCGGAACAUUCUUUGAACCACGAAUCCUUGGUUCCAGGAAUGUCCACACAACUUUCUUUGAAUCAUGUUUAAAACUCGAGCAGAGAAAAAUCUGCAGCCUAGGCUACUUGAUGGGCAGAUGUGAUUUUAUGGUUUGACAAAAACAAGCAUCAAGACCUCAAGGGAACAUUGUGGAUAGAAAUGCCCAAGAGGUUCCCUGCCAGUUGCACAAAACUAUACCUGUAGGGAACAUGGAACAUCAGUUAAAGGAUAAGAAAUGUAUCCUUAAUAUAACCAUCAGGAAACCUUCUAAAAAAGUUCCCUGACAAUUGCAUAGAACAGGAACAUUCUAGGAGCAUCAGUUAAAGGAUAAGAAAUAUAUCCUUAAUAUAACCAUCAGGGAACGUUCCCAAAAGGUCCCCUAAAAGUUGCACAAAAACAGCUGUAAGGGGAUGUUCUGGAAAUGUUCUCUCAAGGCUACACAACACAAUACCUUUACAGGAUGUUCCCAUUCUUCUAAAGGUUUCUUUUUGUGUGACCUUCAGGGAACUAUCAGUGAAUGUUCCCAGAACAUGGGAUAUCUGUGCCUUGUCUUGAUUCAUGUUGCGAAACUAAUUGCAGUAAGUGAACUAGCCUAAUUAACAUUAGUGAAAUGACUCUUUGAGCAGGUUGUUCAGAGUGUGUGAACAAACUCUCUCUUGUGCCAUUUAGCCCUAAAGGCUGACAUGUUGCCAGUGGAUGUUCUCUCUGUCUAAUGUAGCUUAGAUAAACCAACCACCAACCAACUAAGAUACAUCAUAAAAAAGUGUUUGUGCCAUAAAACUUUGAAUAACUUGUCAGGCCGUAGAGUGUUAAGCUAAAUGUCAUGUAAAAAAAAAAAAAACAUUAACCAAGUGAGACCUGUACAGAUAAUAAAAAUCCCAAAUACAGUAUGCUUUUAAUGUUAUUGUUCUUGGGAUAAAAUAUAUUAAAUUUAUACAUUUCAUUAUUUAUAGCUUUUUGUUAAGUCAGCCUAUCCUGUUUGUUUUCUGGCUUAAUUAGCUGUUGUGCGUGUCAUUGUUACAGAAUGUGCAAGAGUAGGGGUUUGGGGAAUAUUUAUGAUUAGAUGACAUGAAGAGUCGUGCAUUUUCAAGAAGCCAUACAGUAUAUGUUAGAAUGCCAAUGGACAAGUGAAGUGGAAAAAGUUGUGAAAUAUAACAGGGCAAGUACCAAAUAAAUUAUACCAACCAGUAA